AUGUUCCGCCACACGCUAAAAGGACACCGGCGGCUGAUGCUUCUCGGGUGCUUCAGCCUCAAGCGACACCGCGGCUACGCCACCAGCGCCACCGCCGCUCCCACGCCCCACCCAGUCGACCAUCUGGACGCCAUCCUCGCCCUGACCUACGCGGGCUUUGACCCUCGCCUCAUCCUGGUGUUCGCUCAGCUUGAUCUGUUAGCCCCCCGCUUUGUAUUGCUGAAAGGGGAUAUCGAAAUCUUAAACGAUCCCAAGCAGUUUUACCAGGUGCUUUGUGAGAAGAUUACUCUGGCGCGGAAACGGGUGUUUUUGCUGCUGUUAUAUUUCGGUAAAGAGGAAACCGACUUGGUGGCGGUGCUCGACAAGGCGUUAGCUGCUACUGAAGACCUUCAGGUGCUGAUUUUGCUCGACGGCUUAAGAGGUACGAGAGAAAGCCCUGACCCGUGUAGUGCCAGUGUCUUAGCUCCGUUAGUGGCUAAAUAUGGGGCACAUCGAGUCGAUUUACGCUUAUACCGUACCCCUCAGUUGGGCCGGUAUACGGAAAAGCUCGCCCCCAAACGGUUAGUGGAAGGCGUCGGUCUCCAGCACAUGAAGAUCUACGGUUUCGACGAUGAAGUGAUGCUUUCCGGUGCCAACUUGCUGAGAGACUACUUUGUCGACCGCCAGGACCGGUACUACCUUUUCAAACACCUGGGGCUUAGUGACUACUACUUCACCCUCCAAGAUGCGGUGAGCAAAUUGCUGUACCAAGUGGUCCCCCGGCGUCUGGGGGCCCUGCCGCUGUUCCGCCUCGACUGGCCGACGCUGAAUAAACUGUGUGAGCCCCGUCUCAACGUCGAACGGUUCCUCAUCGACUCCCAGCAUCUCCUUACUCCCCUCCUCAAACAGGACGAGCUCAAGCUGUUUGACGAACACACCGAAGGCGGUGACACCAUCGUGUACCCGGUCCUGCAACUCACUCCACUUAUGGCUAAAGAUAACGACGCCAGUACCGAGAAACCGGCCGUGCUCCGCGUAUUAUCCUACAUGGACCUGCCCAAGAUCCACUGGUGGUUCACCGCCGGCUACUUCAACAUGUUGCCGCUGAUUCAACGCCGUUUGCUUAACGGCAAGAGCUCCGGUGACGUCAUCACCGCCUCGCCUCAAGCGAACCUGUUCUACCAAAGUGCCGGCAUUUCUUACUACCUCCCUCAAGCCUAUUUGCUUUUCGCUAAGCGGUUCCUCGAACGAAUCCGUCAAGCUGGUAAGCAGGCCACCAUCUCCGUGUGGGAGUGGCGGCGGGGAGUGGUCAACACCCCUGGAGGGUGGUCGUACCACGCUAAAGGGAUCUGGGGCACUGCUCCCAACGAGAAGGAGCCUACACUUACCGUAGUGGGGUCGCUGAACUACACUAAACGGGCCUACUCGUGUGACUUGGAGACGAACGCGGUGGUCAUCACUAAGGACCCCGAGCUUAAGCUGGCGAUGAAACACGAGAUCGACCAUCUCAUGGAACACGCGCACAAGAUGAGCCUCGACGAGUUCGAACCGAAACCGGUGGAAGUGGUCGGGGCCGACGGGAAACCUCACACUAAGCUCGAGGUGCCCGAACACCGCCGCAUCGCCAAGGGGGUCCCCGUCGCCGUCAAGGUGUUGUCCGACCGGUUAUAA